UUUCUGAAACCAAAAACGAUAACACAGAAGUUAAACCGACACGCAAGCAAAUACUCACCGGCUAUUACCGGUUACAUCCACUCUUUAAGUCCUUUUUGUUGUUGUUACCGUUCUGUUUUUAAAAACCUCCGAUUCAUACUCUUCUGUUCCAUCUCUCUCUCUCUCUCUGAUCCCCAUCUCAUUCCCUUAUCAGUUCUCAAUUUUCUCUUUCCUAAUUUACCCUCACAUUUCCUUCGAAUUCUCCAUUUCUACCACAUCCUAAACCUUCUCAGAUGUCUGUAGUCACCAAGCUUCGUUCUCCGGUUAAACCGAUGGCUGAGUCACGAGCUAUCCUCUGUUCGACCGGCAACAGAUUUAGAGUUUCGAAAACUGAGAUCGCGACGAAGAAGCCGCAACAGCAACCACGAGUGACGAAAUCUCCGGCGGCUGCGAAGCCGGAUUCCUCCGUGACGAGCAACUUAACAGCCUCAACUGAUGAUUCCUACUCUUCGUCAUCUUCGGAACGUUCGUCGGUGAAGACGAAAAACUCUGACAAAAUUAUUACCCCGUCGAAACGGACCGGAUCAGUCACGAAGCUCAAUAAUAAUGUCGUCGCCGUCGCCGUCGCCGUCGCUGAGGACAUUUCUCCUGAAAUUCCGGGACCGGUCAAGAGAUGCCACUGGAUCACACCUAAUUCAGACCCGAUCUACGUGUUGUUCCAUGACGAGGAAUGGGGAGUUCCAGUUCGUGAGGACAAGAAACUCUUCGAGCUGCUUGUGUUCUCACAAGCUUUGGCUGAGUUUAGUUGGCCUUCAAUCCUUCACAAAAGAGAUGCCUUUAGGAAGCUCUUUGAAGAUUUCGAUCCUUUAGCUAUAGCACAAUUCACAGAGAAGAGGUUGAUGUCGCUUAGAGUAAAUGGGUGUCUAAUUUUAUCCGAGCAGAAACUGCGAGCCAUUGUAGAUAACGCAAAGUCGGUUCUCAAGGUGAAGCAAGAAUUUGGAUCGUUCCGCAACUACUGUUGGAGAUUUGUGAACCACAAGCCAUUAAGAAAUGGGUACCGCUACGGUCGUCAAGUACCGGUUAAGUCCCCAAAGGCAGAGAACAUUAGCAAAGAUAUGAUGCAGAGAGGGUUCCGCUGCGUGGGUCCUACCGUUAUUUAUUCCUUCUUGCAGGUCUCUGGCAUUGUGAAUGAUCAUCUCGCAGGUUGUUUCAGAUACCAAGAAUGUAAUGUUGAGACUGAGAUAGAACCGAAAAGCCCUGAGACUGAGACCGAACUGGAUCCGCAUUCUCCAUGACUUGUUUAAUCAGCAAAAGGGAUUGGAUUGUUAAGAAGACGAUGAUGAUGAUGACUAGAGUAUGUUUUGUAUUCAUUAUGAAAAUGUAGCAUUUGUAGCUAGCUGUGUUCAUUGGUUGUGCUUUCUCUUCUAGCUAGCUUUGUCUAACUAGAUAUUUGAUGGUUUGGGUUAGUUUUUGACAACAAAAAAUAUAUUAAAUUGCAUGGAAAUAAAGAAUUUAACAUUUUGUAUAAACAUAUGUUCUGCAACUUUUGGGUCUUGAUGUUGAGAAGCAGAAUGAGCUUAAGACACGACAGACACAUCACUACUCAAUUUGACAAGACAAUACAUAAAACGGUUUCAAGCCACUAAUUAAUGUAACAUUUGUAAGGGGACAAGAUAAAUCAUACAAUCUUAAGAUUCCUUAUCUACAAACAAUGCUUUUGAAACCAAAUUCAUGGAUUGAACAACGACAGCAACACUCCAAACUCCAAUGCUUCCACGGAGAUGGCUUUUGUGCCGCAUAUUCUGGAUAGUAAGUGAAGAACAUACGAGAGAUUCCAUAAAGAUCCAGUUACCUGGAAGAAGAAGCUCAAGAAUAGAAGAGCUUCUCACAUUCAAUCAAACAAGCCGUCCUGAGUCUGUUCAAGUCAACCACGAGCCUUGCCGUUUCCAAGCGUAAGCUCCAGAUCCUCCAUACCAACAUCAUGUAUCCGCUCUCCUUCCCACGGCUUAACUUGACUAUUCUCAAACUUAAACUCAGAGCUUUGACCAAUCUCUUGGAACGCAGCAGCAUUCGGAGACAUCUGCUGAGGAGCGGGAGGUUUCACGAGAUUGAAAGUAGGAGAGGUUGGCACCAUAGAGCCAGAGAACGGCUGUUGCUGUGCAAACUUCUGAAAGCUUAUCCAAUGACCAGAAUCAACAGUCGAAGAGUCAGACUCGUCACACUCAGGUAUAGUCGCCGGGGUAUGAAACUGGCGAUGUGUCGGACUAGCAGGCGCAGAAACCGCACAGAAAGGAUAGUUGAAAGACGACAUUGACUGUUUAGCGUUCGCCAUGGACUGCUUAGCAAUGGAUUCCCAAGUAGGCAAUGGCUUAGGGUUCUUAGAGGUCGGGGAUGAGACCGGUGGAGUAACGGGGCAACUGUUUGAGAUCCUGAGGGAAGGAAGAGAGGAAGGAAUGCCGCCGUUUCUGAGGAAGAAUGUGGAGAUGUUGUUACUCGGUUCACCACGAGACGGACUCGGGUAGGACGAGGAAGACGGGCUGACUUGGUAAGAAGGGAUGGGACUUUGAAAAGCCGAAGACAGAGGGCUCUGGUUUUGCGAUGAGUAAGGCGUAACUCGAGAGGAUGUUCCAGCUAUCUCACCAGGUGGAGGCCUGCAUCCCUUGCGAUAAGUGGUGCCGUCUUCUUCAACAACCCAACCAGCUUCAGCACAGAGAGCCUUGAGAACCUCAUUGUUGUCGCAAUGUUUGGGAAGAUUAUAAUCACCUUGAGCUCUAAGCCCAGUGUAUAUCUUCGCAGCUACGGCUCUUCUCCGUCUCUCUCUCCUCCGAUUGUUCUCCCUCUCCCUCCACGACGGUUUCCUCCUCGCCGCCGCCGCCGCAGCUGCCGCCGCUGCUGAUGUCGACGUAGCCCCAUCCGACGUCAUCCUCAAUCAAAAACCAACCACCACCCCCUCGAAAUCUCCGAUCUUUGAUGGAUGGGUGAAGAUUGUGUGAACGCAGACUGAAGAAGACGGAGAAGAGGAGUGAGAAGUUAGUGCUCACGAGGAAUACGCUUUUCCUUCGCUGGAAUCGAAGAAGAAUCUCUCAUUCUUCUCAAAAUUAAUUAAUAAUAAAAAAAAGUAUAGUUUGUGUUGAUUUUGGGUCGUGUGUUCAAAGUACGCGAGUUCACAUUAUUAAUCAGUGUUCGUAUUGUACUGAUCGUACACGUGUCGUAACGUGGCUUUUGAAGGGUGAGAUUGUGAAGUUGUACAUAGUGAAGUGUGUUGUUGGGUGUAGUGUAUAGUCGAAAUAGUACGUUUGUGUGC